AUGAGAGAUGUGCUAAACGUAGUGGAAACAAAGGCAUUCCUAAGCUCCUCGGGUGAGGACGAUGAGCAGAGGAAUUCGAAGAUGCUAAGUAUUAUGAAUGAAGACAUGGUAGAUGUACACAGCACUGCUGUGGAAGAGAAAGGAGUGAAGAAAGAUAUAAACAAAUAUUCAGUAAGUGUUGAAAAAAAACAAAAAAAUACGAGAAUAAUUAUUGAUAAGCUGAUUUUAGAAAAUUUUAAAAGCUAUUCAGGAGUAAAAGUCAUAGGUCCAUUUUAUAAAAAAUUCAGUUGCAUAGUUGGCCCCAAUGGAAGUGGCAAGAGCAAUAUUAUUGAUGCAAUGUUGUUUGUUUUUGGGAGAAGAGCGAAGAAAAUCAGACAAAAUAAAUUGUGCGAUCUUAUACACAGUUCCAAGUAUUCAAUGAACAAUGAGUAUACAAAGGUGUCCAUUUAUUUUAAGGUCGUUAAGGUGGGGGAGAAUUUCGAGCAGUCGGGGCAGUCGGGGCAGUCGAAGCAGUCGGAACAAAUGGAGCAGUCGGAGCAGUCGGGGCAACCGGGGCAACCGGAUAAAAAGAGGAAAACGUCAGUGAACACGGAUCUAGUCAUUUCCGACACUCUACCCGAAGAAGAAGAUGAAAGCUUCAUCAUUAGCAGAGAAGCAACCGUGGACAACCAAUCAAGAUAUCGCAUAAAUGAUAGAGUGGUAAGUCAGAAAGAAGUAUUCGAUUUAUUAUAUGAAAAGGGAAUUGACCUGAACAACAAUCGGUUCUUGAUACUUCAAGGUGAAGUGGAACAAAUUUCUCAAAUGAAUCCAAAGGGUAAUAAGAAUGAAGAAGGUCUUCUAGAAUACCUAGAAGAGAUUAUAGGAACUAAUUCCUACAUUGAAAACAUAAAUAAGAGCUCAGAAGAAUUAGAAAAGUGUGAAGAAGUAUAUCAUGAUAAAAUGAACAGAUUAAAACAUGUUUAUAAUGAACUGAAGGAAUUAGCGGGUCCUAAAAAAGAAGCGAAAUAUUAUGUAGAUUUACAAAAAUAUACGCACAAGUUAAAUAUAAUAAUUUUAAAAAAAGAAAAUCAUGAUCUAGCUAAAAUGAUGAUACAUAAAAAAGAAGAACUUGAAGCCUAUUUAAAAAAAAAAGAAGAACAUAACGAAAUAUAUACAAAUUUGUUAAGAGAGAGAAAAGACAUGAACACUAUUUUAAGUUCUCUAGAGAAUGAAGAAAGUGAAAUUAUGAAAAGAAAAAAUAAAACUGACAAUGAAUUUAAAAAGUUAACAAUACAUGAUGAAAAUGUAAAAAAAGAGUUACUAAUAAUUGUGGAAAAAAUGCAAAAUCUGUAUGUCAAGAGAGAAAAGUUAAAAGAAAAAGACAUACCUCGUUAUAAAAAUAUAAUAGAAGCGAAGCAAAAAAUUCUUAAUGAAAUAAAAAGAGAAAAAAUACCCAAACUAGAACGUGAGUUAGAGAAAUGUGAAGAAGAGUUAGAAAAAUAUAAUGAAGAAAUAAAAUCCGAAACAAAUAAAAUUAAUACAAUAUACUCAAAAGAGGAAGAAAAACUUGCCCCUUUACAAAAUAGCUACGACACACUUAUCAAACUCACAUCUGAAUACACCAACAGAUGCAAUAUUAUAGAAAAAAAACAAAGGGAAUUCCUUACACAUGUGGAAAAUUUAAAAUAUCUACAAAGUAAACUUCUAAAUGAGUUAAAAGAAAAAGAUAUCCAAUCGAAACAUAUGAUGAAUUUGGAUCAAGAGAAGAAAAAAAUUAUGCAAAGCAAAGAUGCACAAGUAGCUGAACUCGAUCACCAAAUUGAAACAGUAAUGAACACACUAGUGGAUCUAAAUGUGAAAUAUGAAACCAUGAAAAAAGAUGUUACAUCUGAUAAGUCUUUAAACAAAAUGCAUGAAUUUAUUUAUAAUUUAAAAAAAAACAAAAUUAAAGGAAUUCAUGGUAUUUUAGGUGAUCUCGGAUAUAUUGAUAAAAAAUAUGAAAAGGCAUUUCUAAUCGCAGGAAAUAAUUGCACAGAUUUUGUUAUUGUUGAAAAUCCAAAUGAUGCAAUUCUUCUUUUUGAACAUAUGAGAAAACAAAAUAUUGGUAGAGUUAAUGUACUCUCUCUAUCCAUAUUAGAAUCUAAUUUAAUGCCAAUUAUGAAAAAGAAUGAACAAAAUUAUACUCCUCUUCUUCCAAAUGUGCAUAGACUUGUCGACUUUGUCAAAUUUAAGCAUGAAAAAUAUAAAGUCUGCUUUUACUAUGCUUUGAAAGAGACCCUAGUUGCUAAUACACUAGAAGAAGCUCAUGUGAUUGGUUAUUCUCAUAAGAGAAGAGUAGUUACUCUCGCAGGAGAACUUAUCGAAAAUGAUGGGAGAAUAUGUGGAGGUGGAAUUCUGAAUAAUCAAGCAAAACUGCUUGGAUAUGGAAAAGUGAAUGGAAGAAAAAGUUACAAUAAACCAAGUACCAUAGAAGGAGAUCCAGAUAAUCUUCAAAUGGAACGAAAUAAUAGAGACUCUUGUAGCAACUUUUUCAAAAGGACAGAAGAAGAAAAAUAUGACGAAGUCGAUGUUACAAAAACUGAAAAUGCAAUAAAAGAAAUGAAUAAAAACAUGGAUGAGUUAAAAAAAAGAAAAGAAAAUAUGUUAAGCGAUAUUAAAGAUUUAAGAACAUUGGUAGAAGACAAUGAAUGCAAACUUGAAAUUGCUAACAAAAGAAUCGAUAAUUGUAAAAAACAACUUAAAGAUAUUGAUGAACAAUUAAAAAAUUCUCAAGUACCUGAACUUACCAAAGAAGAAAAAACAGAAUUAGAAUCAUUAAAAGAGUUGAUAGAAGAAAAAAAUAAUGAAAAAAACAAAAUCGAAAUUAUUUUAAAAGCACAAGAAAACAAAGUAAAGAUGUAUUAUGAACAGUUACAAAAUGUAGGAGGAGAAAAAAAAAAAAAUUUAAAAAAUAAAAAAAUCCACGCUGAAAGGCAGUUGAAUAUUACAAAAGACGAAAUUGAAAAACAUAACAGUGAAGAAGUUAAUGCUUUGGCAAAUCUACAAAAGGGAGAAAAAGACAUUUUGAAAUUUACAGAUGAAAUUGAGGAAUAUGAAAAAAAUGAAAAGGAGCUAGAAAAUGAACUUAAAGAUGUUGAAGUUAAGGGAUGUGCUAUUUAUCAAGAGACAGAAAAGCUGACGAAGGAACUAGCAGAGAUACAAGCAAAAAUUCAACACAAUCAAAAAAAGAAGCAGCAAAUAGAUGAAACUGUCUCGAAGAAAGAUUUAGAAAAUGUUGAUAUAGUGUACAAAAUUGAAAAUAUACAAAAAGAAAUUGAACAACUCAACUUGAGGAGAGGAACCUAUGAAGCUAAAAUAAUGGAAUAUACCCAAUUAAUUCACCAGGUCGAUCAGACCAUUCUGGAAAAUAUGCCCUGUCGUGUUCGUCAAAGUGCAAAUUACCAAGACAAGUGCAGAGGAGAAGCAGACGAGGAAGAGGAGGGAGACAGCGAGGAUUCGUUGGAUUAUCAGGAUGAGGAAAGUACGUGGGAUGAAGAAAGCAUCGUGGAUGAUCGAUUGGAGGAUCACCAUUCUGAGGAGACACAUUCCAUCGGAGGGAAAAGGAAGCUAUGCUUGAUGGAUAACCAUGACAACAAAAAAAAGAAGGAAGAGGAAAGCAUCAGUGGAGAUAGGAGCAACGAAGGAGAAGAAGAAGAACCUGACAAGUUAGAGAAUCGAGAGAAGAAAAAUCAAGUAAUCAAACGCAAGAGACGCAAAUCAGCUGAAGACGAAGACGAAGAACAGGAGGAGGAACUGAAAGCUUUGGAAGACAUGAGCUAUGUCAAGGAAGAGUGGAGUGACAUGGAAAAUGAAUAUGAUUACUUGAACAUGAAAGAGGAAGAAUUAGAUGCACUGAACAAAAAGGAAAUAGAAAGUAAACUGGAGAGUAAAUUACGCAUUUUAGAAAAAAAGUCUCCAAAUUUAAAAGUGUUUCAAGAUUACAAUGUUAAGUUGUAUGAUUAUAUGAAAAGACGAAAAGAUGUAAAAAAGUCGAAAAAACAAAAAGAUAAAAUAAAAAAAGUUUAUGAUAAUUUAUGCAAUAAAAGAAGAAAAGAAUUUCUAAUUGCUUUCAAUAUAAUUUCCUCCAAACUGAAAGAGAUGUAUCAAAUGAUAGCCAUUGGAGGAGAUGCAGAACUCGAAAUUAUAGAUUCAUCUGAAAUUUUUAAUGAAGGAAUUUUAUUUUCUGUUCGUCCCCCAAAAAAAAGCUGGAAACAUAUUCAAAACUUAUCUGGAGGAGAAAAAACUCUUAGCUCAUUAGCAUUAGUUUUUGCUCUUCACUAUUUCAAACCCAAUCCAAUUUAUUUUAUGGAUGAAAUAGAUGCUGCUCUAGAUUUCAAAAAUGUUUCAAUUAUUUCACAUUAUAUAAAAACAAAGACAAGUGAUGCUCAAUUUAUUGUCGUCUCUCUGAGAAAUCAAAUGUUUGAACUGUGUGACAGAAUGAUUGGUAUUUACAAAACAAAUGAUAUUACAAAAUGUAUAACCCUCAACCCUAGUAAAUUUCAACUACAUCACCAGAAUACUCAAGAGACCGAGACAGAGGCAGAGGUGGAGAAAAAGGAAUUCUGA